UAUACAUAAAUAAAUAAAUAAUUAGUUGAACCUAUCGGCGUCGUCUUCUUUGGGAAAUUUUCGUCUGAUAAAUAACCGACAGAAAAAGGGAAUCAGAAGAUUCAUGUCUUUGAUGGAUCACGAUUGACCGACACUUUCAGAUAUAUACGAUAUAUAUAUGUAUACGUUGUAUAUCCAAGUAACAAGAAACCCAAUUAUCCGUGCAGUUUCAACUACCCUUUUUGCCAAAUUUAUCACCAUGAUCAUCUGUCUGUUUCAUCUUCACUGAUCAUAUAGAUUGGAUCUUUGACUAUUUGUUGUGAAUUCUUCAUGUGGGUUUUAAAUUUUAUUUCUUUUUUUUAUUUUUGAUGAUAUGUAACAAACAAACAUACCAGUAAAAUCUCACUCAUAGCAGCAAGCCAUGUGCACAAUCUCACUCUGGGAUGAGCAUUUUGUACCGGUAUCGAUAGUGAAUUGGUACUGUACCCCGAGACAUUUUUGGUACUCACUUUUUGGGAUCCAUACUUUCGGUUAUAUACGUUACGGUAUUUUUGGUCGAUUUACGUUUGAAUACCGGUACCCGUACCUGCCACUUUCGGUGUACGCUGUGUGAUGAACAAUGGCUGCAGCCGAAGCAAGGGCGGUGUGGCAACGGACUGCAAAUCGAUAUUUCAUCCAAGAAGAUGCGAAAAGGGCGCCAAAAUUAGCUUCAGUUUCGUCUGUAAUUUCUAAAAUUGAGACAAAACCGGUUAACCCUGCAGAUUUGAAUGACAGUUUCCCCCUUCCAGAUGAGAAGUCUUUCUAUUCGAACCUUGAAUCCGACUCAAAAUGGUGGCUUCAGUUGCAGCCUGAUUAUAUGUACCAAAGAGGGUUGACCAGUGAACAACAAGUCAACCCGAAUCCUCAUCAAUUCGUCGAAAAUCAAGAUGUUGGUAGUUUCAGUAGUGUUGAUUCUGUGUCAUCAAGAGAAUCUUACGAGUUUGUGCAGAUGGAUUCCGUUGAGCUUCCAUGGUGGAAAAUGACAGAAAAAGAUGAUUUGGACUCGUUUGUUUCGAAGAAAUCACAUAUUUUGAUUGAGAACUGUGAUCUUCAUGGGCCUAUGCUCAUGGGUUCCGAGCCACCAAUGAUCAAAUGCGGUCAAUAUGCCAUUUCGCGAGGUGAAACGCAGCGUGAUACAAGCAAGACAAAGAUAUUAGAAGCUUUGUGUCAUUCUCAGACGCGCGCAAGAGAAGCAGAGAUUGCAGCGAAGAAAGCAUACGCGGAGAAAGAACACGCGAUCAAGCUUGUUUUCAAACAGGCGUCGCAAAUAUUUGCAUACAGGCAAUGGAUCUAUCUGUUACAGAUUGAAAAUCUUUGUUACCAGAACAAGAACAACAAGAGUGAUCAAAUAUCAUUUUCGCCUUACAAGAUUGGUAAAUUAGACAAGAGUAUGAAGAAGGUGGCGCCUGCGAAGGGGAAACGAAGACGAAGCAAACGUGGGUUUGGGCGAUUUGAACAUAAUCUAGGCAAAUACGCGGUUGUUUUUGUGGUCGGAUUGGGGAUUGUUGGUGCAGGUUUGCUUCUUGGAUGGACUGUUGGAUGGAUGUUGAUUUAGUGUUGUAAUUUGGUAAGUAGCCAAUGAUAGUUUAUAGAAUUGGAUACUCAUUAGCCAUUUCAUAUGUAGAUAUUUGUUUGUACUCUCAAGUUGCUAAUAUUUGUCUUCAUUGGAUUGAGAUUUUCACGUAUUAGUUUAA